GAAAAUCUGAGAUAGAAGAACUCGUACUCAUUUAUCCUCCAGCAGAGGGCAAGGGUAGCCAAGCUAUAGCCUGGGCCAAUCUACCGAAAAUGAAAGUGUCAAUUGUUGGACAAGGAAACAUAACAGAGGCUUUUCGAUGCAGCAUAGCCAAUAUAUUUUAUUUCACGCUGGAAUCCCUGCACAACAUCACUCCAGAGUUCAGUGAAAACAUUGAAGUUGCCACAAUAUUGCCCCGGCCCCAGGUGCGAUGGCACGUGAAUUCGGGUCAGAGCACGAAAUGUUCCAGCUGUCCCGAGCUCCGUCUGUGGCAAAGGUCGACAAGUCCAGUAAAGAGCGGAAAUUCCAAGAAGGAUCAGAGCAGAGCAGCAACACCCAAAACGCCUAAAAAGGGGAAAGUUUCCAUUGCGCCCCAAAUUAUCGAAGAGGAGCCUGCGCCGCCUCCUGAGCCAGAGCCAGUAUUCAAUGCUGAUGGGGACCCAGUGUUUGUUAUGGUCCAAGUUGAGCUCCUGAAACCACUUAUUAAGGAACGGACCAUCACAGAAAUAUCAGCCAGAAUUGAAGAAAUAAUCCCUAAAAGACGGGAAGUAUCAAAAAGCGAACAAUCAAAAAUUGAUGCCAUCCAAAGUUUUGAGGCUUGCAUCCAGAGUCUUAUCUAUGCCUUACAGGAGGAAUAUCAGUUCUUCAAUAAUAAAAACGAAAAGAUUCCUGUAGAGAGGAUUUGCAAGAAUUUCCUGAUGCAUUUGCACAUGACAGGAGCCUAUACCCGAAUGAAGGAGAGUGUUAAGGAGGUGGUGGAAGCUUACAUACGUGAAGGUCUUGGAUUCCCUCACAAACUAAACUUUCUGGAUGCAAAACAACAGGAAAACCUGACUGACAUCUACUCAAGCCUGGUGUCCAAGAUGUGUUGUGUUGUGAAUUCCAAAUGUUGCAUCGAUGUUGAGGAGUAUGAUGUGGUGGUCUCCAACAAUAGCCUAUUGUUCUUUGCGAUUGAGGCUAUGGAGGAGGAUCGCUAUGAGAAAGCUCAAGAAUACUUGUUACAGAGGUUAGACAAGACUGAAAAGGCUGAUCCUCAGUUUUGGGUGGAUUACGCUAAGUUUUGGGUCAAGAAACUGGAGUUUGAGAAGGCUGGAGAAUGCACUAGAGAAGCCAUCUCUAUUGAGCCCACUUACAUCCCUGCGCUUUCAUUUCUCGGACUGUUGAGUUGGCUGACUGAAGACUUCACAACAGCUGAAAUAUUUCUUGUAGCAGCUGUCACAUUUAACCCUCACGCCAUGGACAGCUGGCUGAUUCUACACAUGUUCCACAAGCAGAUGAAUCAGUUGGACGAAGCCAAUGCGGAAUUGCUGAACGGGAAAAGGUGUAUGGAGGUUGUAUCCAUGCAGCUCAUCAAGCAUACAGGUCCUCAGCUGGUUUGGUGUCCAGAAAUGGUGGAGAAGGAGAGGAUCUUCCUCAUCACUGCAGUGAACUUAAUACGUUUCUCUUUCCCAGAGUUGGCGGAACUGGCUCUGUCGUACGACCUGUUGCAGCAUGGUCGCACAAUUGGUUACCUGUACUACUUGGCAGUAUGCCACUACUACCAGGGCAGAUACAGAGACAGCCUCAACCACAUUGAGGAGGCCCUCAAGAUAGACUGGGAGGAAGAUCGUCUGUGGUUUCUGAAAGGCCACAACUUAUACAAACUGAAGUUCUUUACUGAAGCGAAAGAAGCCUUCCAAUUUGCUUUCAACUUAUGUGAGAUCACUGAUGAAAACCAUCAUCUGGUUAAACUAAGACUGGGGAAUAUCUUCUUGAGUGAAGGUGACCACCAAGAGGCCCAUGCUUACUACCUGGAUAUCUGCUCCAACAGUCCAACACCUCUCUCUUGGCUUGGGCUUGGUGUUACAGCCUUCUUGAACCAUGACUUGGAUGAUGCUGAACUGGCAUUGAGUGAAGCCAACCUGUUGGACUGCCGGUUGUCUCAAGUCUGGGGCUAUUUGGCUCUGGUGAACCUGCUGAUGGCACGCCCUGAGAUCUACCAUCGAUGCCUGAGUCAAGCUCUGCGGUAUGGUUUGGACGAUCCAGUACUUCUUGAGAGACUUAACAUUCUGGGACAUCUGGUAGAGCCAUCUUGAGACUUUCAUGUAAUGUUGAUUUAAUUCUACGUUAUAAUUUAUUUCACUAAAUAAAUGUUUUUCA